CGGCCCUGCGGCCUCCGGGUGGUCCUCUCCGGUACGAUCGGUGCCUUCAUCCCCCUGGCCUCCGGGACAUCCGGGCCGGUACGAUCGGUGCCUCCGGGCGGUCCUGUCCGAGUUAGCUUGAGAACAGCGGAGUUCAGCUGUCCUAGUGAGACUUCCAGCCCACUUGUGGUUUUCCCUGUCUGGGAGUUAAGAGUGAAACGCAGAGCAGAGCCUGCCAGCAUAGUGGAACACAAAUUGUUCUGUUCCAGCAGCCGGAGUUACCGUUAGCUUCUGCCGUGCUGAUUUCUAAGGAGUCCGUGACAGGUUUUUACUGUGGGUGCAGUUGAGCCCAUGCAGAUCGACGUGGAUCCACAGGAAGAUCAGCAAAAUGCACCUGAUAUCAACUACGUGGUGGAGAACCCGACACUGGACCUGGAGCAGUAUGCGUCCAGCUACAGUGGGCUGAUGCGGAUUGAGCGGCUGCAGUUUAUUGCCGAUCACUGCCCACAGCUGCGGGUGGAGGCUCUCAAGAUGGCACUGUCAUUUGUCCAGAGAACUUUCAAUGUUGAUGUGUACGAAGAAAUCCACAGAAAGCUGUGUGAGGCCACCAGAGAACUGCAGAAUACACCUGAUGCUGUUCCUGAUAGUGGAAUUGAACCCCCUCCUCUUGACACAGCUUGGGUUGAAGCGACACGCAAAAAAGCUCUUCUUAAACUGGAGAAACUCGACACAGAUCUGAAAAAUUACAAAGGGAACUCCAUCAAGGAGAGUAUCAGGAGAGGCCACGAUGACUUGGGUGAUCAUUACCUUGACUGUGGGGACCUCAGCAACGCUCUCAAAUGUUACUCACGAGCCCGUGAUUACUGCACAAGUGCUAAACAUGUUAUCAACAUGUGUCUCAAUGUCAUCAAGGUCAGUGUCUACCUCCAGAAUUGGUCGCAUGUUCUGAGCUACGUAAGCAAGGCAGAAUCUACACCAGAAAUUGCAGAGCAAAGAGGAGAAAGGGACAGCCAGACCCAAGCAAUUCUCACCAAACUGAAAUGUGCAGCAGGCUUGGCUGAACUGGCUGCGCGGAAGUACAAACAGGCAGCAAAGUGCUUCUUGUUGGCAUCGUUUGAUCACUGUGAUUUCCCUGAGCUGCUCUCUCCUAGCAACGUGGCUGUGUAUGGUGGUCUCUGUGCCCUUGCUACUUUUGACCGUCAGGAACUGCAACGAAAUGUUAUCUCCAGCAGCUCCUUCAAAUUGUUUUUGGAGCUGGAGCCACAGGUUCGUGACAUCAUCUUCAAGUUUUAUGAAUCUAAAUAUGCUUCUUGCCUGAAGAUGCUGGAUGAGAUGAAGGACAACCUGCUGCUGGAUAUGUACCUUGCACCUCAUGUCAGGACACUUUAUACCCAGAUUCGAAAUCGUGCCCUUAUCCAGUACUUCAGCCCCUACGUGUCGGCAGACAUGCGCAAGAUGGCCACUGCCUUUAAUACUACAGUGGCUGCUCUGGAAGAUGAACUCACUCAGCUGAUCCUGGAGGGACUGAUCAAUGCCAGGAUAGACUCGCACAGCAAGAUUCUUUAUGCUCGAGAUGUAGAUCAGCGCAGCACAACCUUUGAGAAGUCUUUACUAAUGGGCAAAGAGUUCCAGCGACGUGCCAAAGCCAUGAUCCUGCGAGCAGCCGUCCUGCGCAACCAGAUACACGUCAAGUCUCCUCCAAGAGAAGGUAGCCAAGGGGAACUUACUCCAGCUAACAGCCAGUCCAGGAUGAGCACCAACAUGUGACAAACUUCGUGCACUACCAAAAGAAAUGGUCCCUCCAAGACUGUUCCCAGUGUCUCGCCCACUAACUGCUGAACUACACAAACUGUCCCUGCCUCCCUCACUUCUUGCUUGGAUUGAGAGGGUUAGGGCUGACGGUGGAUAACAUGAGUAUUCCAAUAACUUCAGUUCUUGAAAGGAAAUUCUUUCUAAAAAGAAUCCCUGCAAAGGGCCAUCAUUUCAGUUUUGGUAUAACAUAUUCCUCCAUUCUCUGCCUUCCACCACUCCGUAAAGAGCUGUCAGGUUAUUCAUACAGAUACUGAUUUGAGUUUUCCAGCUGCUGUUAGUUUUCUUGUUUCAAAGCAAAAAUAGUUAGCGUUAAGUUGAAUGGACAGGCGUGAUCUAAGAUUAAUUUUGCUGGCCUGAAAGUGUAUUGCCUUGAUGCUGAGCAAUGCUGAGCUUUCUCUUUAUUCGAGAUAAACUUACAAUUGUGUUGCUCUCAAUUAUGGAGCUAGAGUUCUGAUGGGAGAGGCGAUUUCCUUUGAGAAAUCUUACAGCUUUUUCACCAACACCAGAAAACAUGGCAUUGCUUCCGUGCACUCAGUCACAGGCCUUUAUUUUAGGGUGUUACAUUUACCUGGAUCCAGAUUCUUUCUCUCCGGUCUCUGUUUUCAAAGGCCUGUUUCCUGAUGCGUUCCCCACUUGUGCGUGACCUGGCUUUGGGGUCCAGUGUUAUCAUAGCAGUAAAUCUCUACUUCAUGCAAAUAUUGCUGCUUGUCCAGUCUUACUGCCAUGGUGUGUGAUGGUUUCCCAACGUGUGCUUCUGGUAGUGUGGUUAAAUGCCAUAAAAUACCACUUAAGCUCUGUGGAGGAGCUGAAAGCAGCCGACCCAGGUGCCCGCUUUCCAGGUGCAUUUGUCCUGCUUUUCCUUUUAUAAAGGGAUUAAAGGUGGCAGCCCAAGUGCGUGUUCUGUAUUAAUGAAAGGAGAUAUGCACUGAGUUUUCUGAAGUCACUGCGGCCUUGCGUUCAUCCAAUCCGUAAGGCAAGUGAUAAAUUCUGAUCCAGCCCUGCCUGGUCUGGCAACCGACUACAGAUGUUACUGUUCAUGUGUUAGUGCUUAUUUGUUUGGGUUGUUUUUUAAACAAGUUGUUCUCUCUAGUGCAUUAAACAGCAGGAUGAAAAAGCUUCGGAGUACUGCGAGUUUUGUGUUAAGGCUGUGUUUUAGGUAUUUUGAUCUCAAGCCACUGAUGUUUUGCGAAGCUCAGUGGUGUUCUGUAGGCUGGUGCAUUUUGCUUUCUGAUGUGGUUGGAGACAUAGCCUGGAUGAACCGUGAAGAAAGUGCAGUUUCAGGGAAUGUUUUAACACCAAAAUCCCUGCACUACAUUUGCACAGCUGCUGAAUGGCAACAGUGCUCUCUCCAUCUGGCUUUCUUUUUAAACGUCUUCAUUUAGCAUAGAAAAAUUGCCCUCUUUUGAGGGGAGAAAUGAGAGGGCUCCUUAAUCAAGAACAUUGAGCCAGUUUAGAGAGAAAGGCAAGUUGAGUCCUUGGGUGAAUUGCUGUAGAUCUUUGUGGAAAUGCUAUUAAAGAUAUUUCGAUGCCUUCUGCUCGUGCUGAAGGAAAACCAUCCAGUCCUGUAAUGCUGCUGAAACCUUCUUGGUUUCUCCCUACAAUGGGACACUGCUGCUUUUUCUAAGGGGAAGAGCUGAUGCUCUGCUCCUGAAAAGGUGGUUUUGCACCCACUGAAGCACAUCAUGUUGUCUGACUCUCUCAUGCAUGGUUUCCACUCUCAGGAUUUACUGGGUUACUUCUGUUCCUGGAGGCUUUCUGCUGGAGGAAUCCUUGGUUAUACAUGGAUGUCUUCAGCAUGCUGACUUGAGAGUCUCCUCUUCCAGAAACGUUUGUCUGCUCUUGGGAAGUGGUUGGAAGUGUGUCUCCUUCAGGAGUUGGCAUGGAGCCCACGAGGUGGCAACAGCAGCCCUUGCUGUGGCCCGAGGCAGUUCCAUAGCCAGGGCAGAGGUGAUUGGCUGCUUCUCUCUGGACAAAAUGCUUACCACCUCUUCUGGACAGACAGCAUUUCUCUUUCAUUGCUUGGCUCAUUGGUGCUGUCAUGCAUUGUGUGGGGGUUGUGUAGAGUUACUGGUGUGUGACUUCUCUUCAGCCUGUGAAAGAAGCUGUUGCUUUAGGAUCCUGUAGAUGUGAGUCGGGGCUGUCCAGGCGUGUUUCUAGACAUGGUUCAACCUGCCAGUCCAAAAAUUGGGAAAUUCAACACGGCACAGAUAUAGUUCUGUAUAACUUGCAUUCAUAAGCAGUUUUCCCCAGUGAAGGAUGAUUCUUACCUUAAAUUUCUCAGUAAUUUCCCAAUUAAUACAUGGGAAAAUUGUGAAUCGCAUAGAAUGAAUUUCUAGUGAUUCCCUGUGACCUUCAAGGUAGUUCAGGGAAUGAAGUUUUGUGGGAUCAUAGCAUGUUGGUUUGCCCAGGAUGUGUUAAAGCAACUUAAGUGGAUUUCACGGACUUGUGCAGCACUUCUGUGUUGAUGAUGCCAGUGUGAGACCAUAACUUCAUGCAGUACAGAUCUUGCUUUUCUUAGCUGACCUAGGGAUAAAGGGUGAAAUACACCAAACUGGCACGGAACUGAUUUCCACUUACCCCUGAUGCUGUUAGGGAAGAGGAGAUGAAUUAAUUACUCUCUGCUUUGCAAAUGAUCUUUGCACUUCAACUGGUAUUGUUUUGGCUUCUGUGUUGCUGGGGGUCUGUGAGUUCCAGUCAGUGUUUUGUAGGGUCUGAUAGAACAACCCAGCUUUAAACUGUCACGUAGGAUGACAUCAUUGGGCUGAACUGAUUGGACAGGCAACAGAAACUGGCUCACAGGGUGUCAAACUCCAAGAGAAAUAUCUGAGAUUUGGUAGUUAGAAGCUCAGUAAACUCAAAAUGCAAGGAAGACAGUUUCGUGACAGCAAAUAAAUAAUUCAAGUUUAGGCUUAUUAAAAAGCCGCAAACUGAAGGGGAGCCACUUUAGCAAGCGAUGGUCUGAGUCAAACCAGAAUUCAGGUGGCAAGACCUGAAAAUCUGUUGUGUGUGGUCGAUCCGUCUGGGUGACAGUGUUGUCCUUGGUCCCACAGCACCGCUGCAGUUCUCUAGUGCUUGUGCAGCUGCAGCUUUGCCCAUUACACGCUGUGUGCCUCAGGUCUAUGUGUACAUAAAUUUGUGCCCUGUAAAUAUGUGCUGAGAUCCAGGCUUUUCAGUCUUUGUUUUGAUGUGCUGCUUUUCGUAAUUUUUAAGCUUUCUGAUAUUGCAUAAGGCGUUUGCCAAACAAAGGCAGUCUGGUUUCUUUGUGUCAGGUGAAUUAGAUAACAAGAUUCCAGUCUCCCUCAAACUUGAAGGCUAAGGAUCAUUUUCUCUGUCAUUCUAUGUGCAGAGCACUGCUUUCUCCUCCCCCGCUGCCAUUAACAUCAAACCGUGUGUAUCUUCUUGAGGGCCUGUGAAACAGAACAAAAUGGGACGAUACCUCACUGAGUUGGCGGGCUGCAAUCUUUCGAUUGUGAGAUAAACCAGGUAAUGAGUAAAUUGCUCAGUAAUCCCCAGUCAGGGUAGGUGCAGGCGUGCCCGGCAUGAAUGGUAAAUGGCCUGGCUUUGCUUAUCUUGUAUGGGGCCUCCUCAUUGGCAAGUGUUGUUAAGAAACUGAUACACACUGGUCAUCUUCACUUCAUUAAUUGCAAGGUUUUCAUCUUCAGAAGGUCUGCUGGAAGCUCAGAUUGCAGCGUUUUCCAUUAGCAUGGAGAUGUGUAGUUCGGUGCGCAAAGUGGGAUUGAGCUGAGGGCUGGAGCACCUCCCAUACGAGGACAGGCUGAGAGAGUUGGGGUUAUUCAGCCUGGAGAAGAGACGGCUCCAAAGAGAUCUUACAGCGACCUUCCAGUAUCUGAAAGGGGCUACAAGAAAGCUGGGGAGGGGCUGUUUACAAAGGCUUGUAGUGAUAGGACGUGGGGGAACAGGUAUAAACUGGGGAGGGGCAGAUUUAGACUGGACGUAGGGAGGAAUCUCUUCACCAUGAGAGUGGGGAGGCCCUGGAAAAGGUUUCCCAGGGACGUGGUGGCUGCCCCAUCCCUGGAGGUGUUCAAGGCUGGGUUGGAUGGGGCUUGGGGAGCCUGAUCCAGUGGGAGGUGUCCCUGCCCAUGGCAGGGGGUGGGACUGGAUGGGCUUUCAAGUCCCUUCCAACCCAAACUAUUCUAUGAUUCUAUGAGUCUGUGAUUGUAUGAUUUUGCAUUGCGGUGCCUGAGCAUUGCAGUUGGGUGUUAGCACGGCAGCCUCCACCUGUGGCGGGGGGAAGAGCUGGUGUGAGGGAAGUGCCUUGGAGGAAUUGUGGGGGAUGAAGAUGUAGACAUGGCACUUUGGGACAUGGUUUAGUAGGCACGGUGGUGUUGGACUGAUGAUCUUGGAGGUCUUUCCAGACUUAACGAUUCUGUGAUUAAAUCUGAAUUCUGUAUAGAAAUGCGUCCAUUUAGGACUUCAAGAACCUUCCUGAAUUUAGGAGCCUAAAGCCAGGUUGGUCCUUUCUCCACAUCAUUAAAAGAUUCUGUGAAGAGCUCGCACUCGUGAGAGCUGUGCUGUGAAAUCCCCGGGGCAGUUCAGAACAGAAGCAGCCCCUGGCUGUGCCGGAACAGCAGGUGUUGCUGGCACAGGGGGCAGAAAGAGGGGGUUUCCUGUGUUUUGGGGGAACUGUUUAAAUGGAAAGGGGUCAGGGAAGCAGUUUGAAAUUCCACAAUAAUGAACAUUUGGCUUUUUAUUAGAAGAGGGCUUUUCAGACAGAAACUUGGAAUUCUUGACAGCUUUUAAGUGUCUGUGAGGGAAGGGGGCCAUUUCCACGGGAGGUGCGAGACAUGGUAUCAAGUUCCUAUCUUUAAAUGUGGCAGAGAAGCAUUUUUAAACCUGGUUCUCCCACGCAAAUCACCAGGCUCUUUGGAAUUGCCACACCCUUUCCCUCGCCCUCAGCUUCCGUGCUAGUACAGGGCACAAGGCAAGCUCAGAUAACACCUACGGCUCAGUGUCUAAACUUGACUUGAAUGCAGGGCAGUCAGAAAUGAUGAAAGCUGCCGGAAGUCUUGGUUAACAGGGUGGUUAAGGCUGGAAGAUGCUAUUCCCAGAACAUCAUGGAAAAUACAGUGUUCAAGUAAUGAGCAAAUGAAAUCGGAAGACUGAGUAGGAGAGUCUGAACUGCUCUCAUUGUCAUAAGUCACAGCUGAAUGUCAGGGCAGCAUCCAAGUCUAACAUUGAAAUGGCUGUGGGGUUCUGACCUCUUGCAGUGCAGUAGAGGAUGUGGUGUGGAUGAUUAUCAAACAGCUGCCUCUGAUUGCUGAUUCUGGGAUCUGUUUUGAGCGGUGCCAUGCUUUGCAGUGCAGUGAACCCUAGAAGGCCACACCAACCGAGUGCCUCGGGGAAACAUGCAGCCCUGCAUCUGGGUUUGACACACAGCUCACCGAACUUACCAGGUGGGAAGGAGGAAUUAUGAUCCUAUAGUGAAAAAAAGCUGGGAAAGGGUCAUGGACUUGGUUCUAACUUGGCACAUAAUUUCCGACAAUGUGCUUUUCCCCCAGCCUUUGGCUCAUGGGAGACUGUUAUGCUUUACCCUGCUGUACAAAACUGUUCACACACUGUGGGUAUAGUAACAUCUUACACUUCUACAUUAACAGAGUACAGCUGGAUUCCUUUCUGCAUUGAAACUGUGGCCUGCGGCCACUCAGACAACUGAGAGACAUUUUCCGUGAGCAAAGCAGCCACUGACAUUUGCUACUUCUAGCGUGCCAGAGGGCUGUUCCAAUA